ACAAAACGUCUGCCUUUUCCUGGUGCGAUUGAGGAAAACUGAGAGGUUGUUGUGGGUGGGGGGAGCUGGAUCCCACCGAACUCCUCUGCCCCAGUGCUGCACUGGCCAAGUGGUUGGAUGCAAGGGGAUGCUUUGUGCUGAUUUCCUUUUACCCAAUUGUGCUUUGUGGGAUGUUCAACCCAAGGAACAUGGCUGAACGAAAGAGGAAGCCCAAGUUUUCCAAGGAAGAACUGGACAUUUUGGUCACUGAGGUGACCCGAAAUGAAGCCAUGCUGUUUGGGAGGGAGACAAUGCGUCUGUCCCAUGCUGACAGGGACAAGAUCUGGGAAGGCAUAGCCAGGCAGAUCACAUCAGUCAGCCAGGUCCCCAGGUCUGUAAAAGACAUUAAACACAGAUGGGACGACAUGAAGAGAAGGACCAAGGACAAACUGGCAUUGAUGCAGAGGUCCCUCUCCAGCCCUGGCAGUGCGGGGCGGCCCUCGGCCAUCGUCCUGACCGCCCACGAGAGAGCCAUCGAGUCGACACUGCAUUCGUCACACCAGAUGCACGGCUUCCGGAGAGCGGAUCUGGACGUGGUUGACAGCCCAUCAACAAGCACUGAUGAAGAUGAGGAGACGCCAGGCACUUCUCAGGAACACCUCUUCUCGUCGCUGCAAAGGCCUGGUGCAGGAGUCAGCCAGCUCUCCGGGCCCUCCUUCCUCCACACUUCUUCCUCAUCAGAGCACUCGGAAGCUACCAGCCAAAGGCAGGAACUGCACCGUCCACCCCCGCGCACCACCUCGUCCUGCAGACCCCCGCACCCCUGCACACGGAGCCCGCCCCUCUCCAGCUUCGAUCGUCAGCUUCUCCAUUCCCACAUGCAGCAAACAGACCUGUUCAGGCAGUUCUGCCAGGAGCUGGUGGCUAUUCACAGAGACAUGGUCGACAGCAUGCAUGUCAUUGGUCAGAGGAUGGCUGACCUCACCAGCCAGGUUGGCCAGAUGUGCCACACUCUCUCAGAGAUCCGUGAUGGGGUCCAGGCUUUCCAUAGGAUACAAGAUCCUAGUGUCACGCGGGGGUCUGUUCAGCAAGCAGCUUGCUCAAAACAGCCCCCCGAGCCCAGUGCAGAGUCUAACCAAAACCCCCCAAAACAGGCUCCUCCUGCACGGACUACCAGGUCACGAAAGAGAAAACAUCAUUUUUAGUCUGCUUCCUGUAACAUUAUGGAGGGUGCUCCUUCCUGAGCUGCUGCAUGCUCACGUGGCCUCUCCGUGCGUAUCAGUACUCCAUGGGGAAGGUCAACAGCCACCCCAACCCAUCCAAUCCCCCUGCUAGCUAGCAGAGCAGUAUGACUUGUGGCAGUUGAAUAGUAGGGCUGGCCCUCUGCAACGGCAAAGAGAAACCUUAAAUAUUACAGAGCUUGGGAUGUAGCACAUCUUUCUGUUCAUGGAGAUUAGGAAUUUUCACUAGCUUCCCAAUGCUUUGAAUGCUGUAUAAGCUAAGAGAUGCAAUAGGAAUCAUUAUCUUGUUCUCUCCUCAUGCCUGUGAAAUGGCAUUUACUGAGACAGUGUACUACAGAGCUUCCUUUGCAAUCAACCCACAAAUUUACCCUACUACUGCCUUCCCGUCAUCUUCCUGCAAAUUACUGUAUGCACUGUGCAGAGAUGCAUCCUUACUGCUCUGAAGACUUGCUGCUCAUUAUUUUUAUCUUGCGUUCAGCAAUAAUGGGCAACCCAGGGCUUACUGUGACUUACGCACAGGUUUGGGGAGAGGGAUGUAAAAGCAGAGCUUGUGCAGGGAAGGGAAGAAGGCUUGGAGGACAUGUCUGAGCACUGUGGGGUUUUAGACUGCUGAGAAGGGCUGUGAUGGCACACGCCUGGAUCCUGCAGUACCACAUGCAUUUAUAUCAGAGAGUUUAAUCUUUGUCUGCUCCAAUCUGAAACCCCUACCUACCCUUCACAAUUGCAGUUAAAAUACAAUUAUUUCAUAAUAUGACAAUUAAAGAGAAUUGUAUCAUAUUACUUUUUUUGCAUGUUAUAAUCUUCAGUUUUGAACCACCUCACCCACUUCGAAACAUGAGAAACUGCACAGAAACAAGGAAAGCUAUAGGGCCUGAUUCUGACCUCAGGAACAGUUUGGUUUUGUAUCACUGUAAUUCUGUCAACUUCAGUACAGGUACUUUGCACCUAGUGUUAUUUAGGGUGGGAUCUGUACUGUGUUCUCCUAUCGUGAAGAGUUUACAAUCUAAUUUCACAACUAUACAGGUUAAAAGCUUAGACAUGUUGUGUUCGUACUGUUUGCCUCCCCCAUACAGAUGCAAGAAAGAACUGUGUUAUAACAUCUGAUUCGCUUUAGUGCUGCGUGAGGUUCCCAUGUACAACUCCGAUUCCGAAACUAGGCUUUAAUAAUGUCACCUCAGGUGGUGAUGACAUAUGUGGCAGCUUUUUUACAACAUGUCUGUCUUUUCCUUUAUUUGUACAUCUGCACCUACCAUUCUGUCCUCACCUCUGGAAAAGUCUGGACCAUUAUCACGAGAUGCUUCAACAGGGAAAAGGGCCAAGGUGUCACGCACACACAGCUAGCACGCUGCUGCACUCCAGGGCUGUCCUACUGGGUGUGGAGGUGGGCUGCAGGAAACUAUUCAAGUUAAUGUGAAUGUGCAUCGUUAUGCCACGUCUGGCCUACAGACUUGGCCAAAAAGUUGUAUAAACUUCAGCGGGAAUUGAACGUAGGCAAUGCAGUAUAGCAGAAGGAUGGUUUGGUUUAUGUGAUGUUGAAGGAUCUUCUUUAAUCUGUCUGGCCUGUCCUUUGAAAGUAUAGUGCACUAGCUUCUCUUCUGGAAAGUUCACUGUAUGCCUGCUGUGUCAGGCAUUGCUGACAUGCUUUUUCUUUUUAAUUGUUCUGUAAUUAUGAUUCAAGUUAUUUAUUUUUAGUGGUGUGGUAAAAGGCCCUUGCUCAAGGAAGUAGAGGUCUGGCAAGGAGAAAAACCUUCUUUCUGAGGUAUGACCCAUGCUGGUUUCAUGUAGAGGGUAUUCCUGGUGCCAGACCAGGGCAGUACUUGUUCACCUUCCUCUGAGGAUGUCAUUUUACUUCAGUUGAAGGGAAGAUUGGGAAAUCUGGUAGAAAUAGACCUAAUUUAUGAAUGCAAAGAGCUGAAAAAAUGGUGAUAUGUUCUAAAGGAUUUCUGGGUUAAUUUCUUAGUACUGCUGCUAUACAUUAGAAGUGGUAUUUUAUAUUUUUAUAAUAUUUGAUCUCUGUUGAUGUUUUCCCAUGGAUAUACUGAUAGGAUUAGCUCCUCUGGUGUUGUCCAGGGGGAUUCCUGAUGGGAACCCUCAGGUCUGCAGAGGAGGAGACUCCUGCAGGUGCUGGGUACUGGAGGGAGUUGGCAUUGUUGCUGACAUCAGUUUGCCCACACAGAUGCAUUUAGAGAGAGAAUCCUGGGGCAGGAUGCACAGCCUUCAAUAAAAAACCCCAGAGGCUGGGCUCUGGUCAGGAGAAAGGAUCUUCUGCUGUAAACUGACUGAUGUCUCCUCCAGUUUCCUCUGUGGACUAUCACAGAUUGGCCCACAUCUGGGGACAUGUCUCCUGUUCUGUGUAGACCCCUCGGUGGAGUGGCUUUUCUGUACUGGCUUGCAAAGGAUACUUCCUCCUGCACCCAUCAUGUUAACUGGCUGUUGAAGUAAGUGCCUGCGUCAAAGCAAACUGCUGUGCUCAACCCCAGUAUCUCCAUGUCUUGUACAUGCUGAAAAAAUUAUCUUUAAAAAAGUAUUUUUGUUAAGAAUGCAAUAAAUAUAUAACACUU